AUCUCUCUAUAACUCCAUCAACAUCAUCAAUCAUCAAUUCUCAAUCGGAUCUUUCACGACCCGAAUAAUUUCAACUCUCGUUCGAACAAAAACCUAACCCUAAUUCAUUAAUAUUCCAAUUCCAAAAUCAUUCCUUUCAACCUCCGCCAUGGCCAGCGAUUCUAAUGAACCUUCACGUCGCAAGCACCGUCGAUCUUCUCCCUCUGAUGAAGACGGCACAGAAGAACCAAUCAAACGCCGGAAGCACCGCCACCAUCACCGUCACCACCGUCACCACCGCCACCACAGCAAAAAACACGAAGAGAAAUCCGAUUCGAAACCCGAUAAGGUAACGGGUAAACCGAAUGAUGAAUUAGAGGAUGUACCUCAACAAGUUGGCACUGUUAUUGGCGUUUCUACUUUAGGGCUCGAUUAUGAUAUGGAGGAAGGUGAAAUUAUUGAGGAUGAUGUGGCGGCUACUGCUGCAGUUGGUGAUGGUGAUGAAUUGGACAUGGAAUUGCAUAAAGCUCAACGACAGGGGCCUGCGGUGGAAAAAGUUGACUGGAAUUCCACUGCUUCAGGACGGCAUGACGAGCAAAGGAAAAGUAAAAAGGUUGAUAAUUCUAGAGAAAGAAAGUCUAGUGACAAGCAUUUUGCGAAUGGUAGUUGCAUAAAUGAAUUUCAUAAAUUGGACUCUAAACCACAAAAGGAAGAUAGUUAUGCUGGUGAAGAAGGUAGAAAACAAAAGAGCUACGAUGACGAUGAGAGCCAUUUACAGGAUGAAAGAAAAUCCUUGACUCCUGAAAGUUCUGGAAAGAGGCAUAGAUCUGUUGGGGUAUCAUCUUCUCAUGAUGAGCACCUUGAAGACAGACAUGUUACGAAGUUAUCCAAGUCACCUGAUAGGUUUAGAGGAAGAUCACGAUCGAAAAGCGUAUUGGAGGAGUCUUUCCUUGUACCGAAGUCCCGCGAGAAAGAUGAUGCAUAUGAGAAGGAAAGCAGAUAUAGAAGUAACUUGGAUGAUGAAAAAAUUGGACGCAACAAGGACUAUCGACAUCGGAGCCGAGAGUCUUCAAGGGAUGUGGAAAAGGAGCAUAAUUCUAGUUGCAACAGACACUCUAGGGACAGGUAUUAUACCAGAGAUAGUGUAGACAGGUAUCGGGAGAGCAGCAUCGAGAAUGAAAGGGAUAGAUUGAGAGAGAAAGACAGGGAGCGUGAGUUGGCUAGAGAAAGGGACAGAGAAAGGGGAAGGGAAAGGGAUAAGGAGAUGGAGAAGGAAAGGGAUAGGGAGAGAGACAGAGAGAGGGAGAGAGAGAGAGCUCGAGAUAGGGAAAGGGAGAGGGAUAGAGAACGGGAAUAUGAGAGGGGAAGGGAAAGGGAGUGGGAGAGAGAUAGAGAUAGAGAUAAUUUCAGAGAGAGGGAGGAGAGAGAAAGGAGGAAUAGGGAUAGGGAAAGCAGAGGACGAAGUAGGGAGGCAGAUAGAGAUAAAUAUAGUGAUAAGUCUAGCAGGCACCGGAGAUAUGAUGACCUUGAUGAUGGUUUUGCCUAUAAUAGACGUAAUAGACAUAAUGAGACUGACCUUCAGAGAGAAAGGAGGAGCGAUCACGCAAAAAAUGAAAAUGCAAAGCAAAAAGCUGUAGAGGCAGACAGUGAGAAAUCAAAAAGAGAUGAAGUUGAACAGGAGGACUAUCAGGAAAAAAUUGCUUUCCAGCUUGCUGAACAGGAAGACGAAGAAGAACUUGAAAGAAUUAAGGAGGAGAGCAGAAGGCGCAGGCAAGCUAUUCUUGAUAAAUAUAAGAAUAAGCAGUCCCAGAAGGAGCCAAUUACUCAAUCCGGGGACGUAGCUGAGCUUCUUAUGGAUCAGUCUACUCAGAAGCCUGCAGCCGGAGAUAAUUCCAUGUCAGUGUCAUUUGAUGGUCAAACCAAUGGUACAGAUGUCCAUGUUGAUGAGCCAACAUUUUCUGUUGGGAAAUCACCUCUGCAAGCUGGUCAUAUUGCUGACGAGCAGGCUUCUGGAGCUGGUGGAUUGGGGCAGGGUACACCAAAGAGUGAGAGGUCAGCGGACAUGUUUUGUGACGAUAUAUUUGGAGAAUCACCUGCUGGCAUCAGGAAAAUGGGCAAAGGAGAUGGCGUGGCAGUUCAGCGCAGUGGCCUUCAUGAUAACUGGGAUGAUCCAGAAGGGUAUUAUAGUUAUCGUUUCGGAGAAAUUCUUGAUGACCGUUAUGAGAUUGUUGCUGCUCAUGGUAAAGGAGUAUUUUCUACUGUUGUUCGGGCUAAAGAUCUCAAGGCUAGACCUGGUGACCCGGAGGAAGUAGCAAUAAAAAUGAUACGCAAUAAUGAAACAAUGUAUAAAGCUGGUAUGGAAGAGUUGAUCAUUUUGAAGAAGCUAGUUGGUGCAGAUCCUGAAGACAAGCGUCAUUGUGUUCGUUUUAUUUCUAGCUUCAAGUACCGGAAUCAUCUCUGUUUAGUUUUUGAGUCUCUACAUAUGAAUCUCCGUGAGGUUCUGAAGAAGUUUGGGCGUAACAUUGGACUCCAUCUCACUGCUGUUAGGGCGUUUUCGAAGCAACUCUUCAUUGCUUUGAAGCAUCUAAAAAAUUGUGGCGUGCUUCACUGUGACAUUAAACCCGACAACAUGUUGGUAAAUGAAUCGAAAAAAGUGUUGAAGCUUUGUGACUUUGGUAAUGCUAUGUUUGCUGGCAAAAACGAAAUUACUCCAUACCUCGUGAGCCGUUUUUAUCGUGCCCCAGAGAUCAUUCUUGGCUUGUCGUACGAUCACCCAAUGGAUAUAUGGUCAGUUGGAUGCUGUUUGUUUGAGCUUUAUGCUGGGAAAGUCUUAUUUCCAGGUGCAACUAAUAAUGACAUGCUUCGUCUUCAUAUGGAAUUGAAAGGUCCCUUUCCAAAGAAGAUGCUUAGAAAGGGUGCAUUUACAGAUCAACAUUUUGACCAAGAUCUCAAUUUUCUUGCCACCGAAGAGGAUCCUGUUACGAAGAAGGCAAUAAGGAAGCUGAUUGUCAACAUCAAGCCAAAAGAUAUCAGUUCAAUAAUUUCAGGUUCUCCGGGUGAAGACCCAAAGAUGUUAGCUCAGUUUAAGGAUCUUAUGGAGAGAAUCUUUGUAUUAGACCCGGACAAGAGAAUAACUGUUUCCCAGGCAUUGAGCCACCCAUUCAUCACGGUGCAUUGGAGCUUGGCAUGGUUGAAGUUGCAGAGAAGAUUGUUGACCGUGGGAGAUCUAUAUCUUGGCAGUUCAUUCUUUCAGUGGAAUGUUUUCUUUUCUAUCGAUAUCUACCAGGGCUUUGAGGCAAGAUUCAGUGAUUUAGAUGCUUAAAAGGCACCCUGGCGAAGGUACCUUGGCUUGUUUGUUAGGAAUUACUGUGACACGCUUGGUUUACAUAUGGCUGUUCUCAAUUCCUCUAACAUCAGCCAUAAUUUUUGUUUCUCCUUUGUGUUAAUUUUUAAUUUUCUUUUGACAAGUUCUGAUUCCUGAACUUUAAUUUGGUCUUUCCUGAAAAACUGCAUGCCUGAGGGUGGCUUGUUAAUUAGCCUCCUUAGGCUAGAAUAGUAAAUCUAUCAAGAGCUAGAGUAUUUCUUCUAUUUGGAGUCAUUGUUGUUUCUUCAAUUUCUUAUUCUUUGUACAAAAACACUUUCUAAUGAAGUUGCAUUGCAUCUGAUUCAUGGUAUGGUCAUCCUGGAGCAUUGUAUGACUGGAGAUGAUCAGAUGCAGCCUUGAAGUGAGAGUUGUUUCAGGUGUGGUUUCAUGCUUCUGCAAUUCUAAUUGUCAAAUGAUUGCAUUGUGACUUGAUUCCUUGCACAAACCGUGGAUUCAGUUCAUAUGCUAGUUAUGGAUAAUAAUGCUUCAUGAUUUAGCUAUCUUAAGUUCCUUUGGAGUUGGAGAAAGUAGUCUGUAUUGGUUUUGCUUAAACUGGUGCUCCAGUUGCAUGCUGCUCUAAUGCUGAAGUAUUCCUGCGUUUACCUUCGGAGUGUUGGCUCUAACUUUUGCCGGGCCUUUGUAGUGCAAUUAUCAGUUAAGCAAGCUUUAUCUUUAGGGCUGUGACUGUCUACUUCGAUUCUUCUAGUGACUUAUGUUGAUGUUCGCACUUAAUGUAUAUCAGUUAAACAGAUUUAUUCACAAAAACGCUUUCAUGUAUCCCUUUCCCUGAUAAUGUGAGUUCACGUUUCUCUUA